GGAAGUUGCUCAACGGGAAGAAGACGUCGCCUCGUAGCCUGGCGGGGGCUUUUUCGGUUCUAGAGGCGGCAGCGGCAGCGGCAGCAACAGACACUCACCAUGGGCAACACAAGCAGCGAGAGGGCCGGCAUGGAGCGGCAGGGGGGCCACAAGACCCCCCGGCGGGACAGCAGCGGGGGAGCCAUCACCACCAAGGAGGGGGGGGAGAGGCCCAAGAUCAUGAUGGACAGCCCCGAGGAUGCCGACCUCUUCCACUCCGAAGAGAUCAAGGCUCCGGAAAAGGAGGAGUUCUUUGCGUGGCAGCAUGAUCUAGAAGUGAAUGACAGAGCUCCCACCCAAGCUCGUCCAACUGUGUUUCGAUGGACAGGGGGAGGAAAAGAGGUUUAUUUAUCUGGAUCCUUCAAUAACUGGACAAAACUACCACUCACAAGAAGCCACAACAACUUUGUAGCGAUCCUGGAUUUGCCAGAAGGAGAACAUCAGUACAAGUUCUUUGUGGACGGUCAGUGGACCUACGACGCCUCUGAGCCAAUAGUGACCAGCCAGCUUGGCACAGUUAACAACGUCAUUCAAGUGAAGAAAACUGACUUCGAAGUGUUUGACGCUUUAAUGGUGGAUUCCCAAAAGUGCUCCGAUGUGUCCGAGCUGUCGAGUUCGCCGCCAGGACCCUACCAGCAGGAGCCCUAUGCAUGCAAACCAGAGGAGCGUUUCAAAACUCCUCCCAUCCUUCCCCCGCACCUGCUCCAGGUCAUUCUGAACAAGGACACUGGCAUCUCGUGUGACCCUGCUUUGUUGCCCGAGCCCAACCACGUCAUGCUGAACCACCUGUACGCCCUCUCCAUCAAGGACGGCGUGAUGGUGCUCAGCGCCACCCACCGCUACAAGAAGAAGUAUGUCACCACUUUACUGUACAAGCCGAUAUGAAGUCCCCAGGAGGCCGCUGGCGCCGGGGAGCCGCGGAGAGGAUGGCGCGGCACAACCUGACCCGUCUGCAGCUUCACAGCACAGGGACUGCCCCACACGGUCUUCAGUCCACACUCUUUUUCCACUCGCCCUGCUUGAAGAUCUCCUGGCAAGGCAGCUCCUGAGGAGCCAGGCUGGCCGCUGUGGCCACUGACUGACCAUAAAACCUUCUGGCAUUAACCGUGAUGGGGAGGGCGUAAAGGAAGACGCAGAAGAUUGGCCGCAGCCCAAAGCAUCAGGGAACCUGUGUGCAUUGUCGGAGACAGAUGCUCUAACAGGCACCCUCCCAAAAAAUUAGAAUAAGCUAAGCCCAGACCCCAGUCACGGGCUGCUCUGUCUCAGGUAGCUGGCCCGGCGAAGGGGCUUUCCUUACUAAUGACUUCUGUCACUUGUCGGUGGAUGUGAAAGUCAGUGCAGUGACGACGUCUCUGCACGGUAGGUCUGCCCCAUUUUGGCUGGCGGCAAGCUUGCUUAGGAAGCUCUGGCCCUCACGCACACUGAGCACGCUGUGUUUUAAACCCACAAUUACUGUGGGGGGAGGGGGGAUGUAUCUAGUAGAGAUGCAAUGACCAGGCUUGUAAAGGCAUUUUCUUUUUUUAAUCACCAUCACUUGGGUGCGGAUCAUGUGAAGAGGGCCCCUCGGGGACCCAUCCCAGCCACAGCCAGGCUGCCCAGAGGGCCGACCAGUGCUCCGUUUGUUCUGGCUAUGGGUGUUGCUUGGACUUGCUUUUAAUCGUCCGGUCAGGCCCAAGGUGACCAGUGACUCUGGGAACCCGCGGAGCUGAGAUCUCAAAACCAAAUGAUCAUUGAAGGCCCAGCAGGUGCCAGCCAUUUAGCAAAGCUUUUAUUUCUGAAGGGAAUCUAGAUUUUCUGGGGUGGGCGACCUCACAAGGAAGUGCCCACUCUGGGCUUAGCAGCAGGCUAGGGUCCCCAAGCCCUGCCCUUGUCACCUCACUCCAGUGUUCGUUCACUCAGUACUCCCGAGCCUCUUGUAUCAUUGUGGAGACACUGAAUCACUGUCACCUUGUCAUACCUCCUGACCAGGUUUCAGUAAAGCUUUUUGUAAGAAAUGAUGUCGCUGUAAUUGAGGCCGUGAUUGGGGGGGUUGAGGGCGUGGGGUUCUGAAGGCUCAUGCUGGUCAUUAUUAGGUUGUUAACUUUUGAUCAGUGACUUGACCUCACAUCACAGAUGCUCAGAGUGGGCAGGAACCUCAGCAUCUAUUGUGAGGACAAAGGAGGCCGCGUUUGCCCAGUGUUCUGGGUGAAAGAGAACUGUUCUGGGGUGGCCAGCAUCCGUGGGAAGGCCUGCGACGAGGAGGAGAUCCCCCUUCCUCCUGAGGAGGACGGUCUGUGAGGCGGCCCUCACUGUUAGCUUAAAGCCGCCUCUGGUGCUCUUAGCCCUUCCCCUGGGGCCAGACAGACCAGACCUAAGCCUCCUCCCACAUAAAGCCCUUUAUAAGAACUUGAAGACCUCGCAUGUUCCCACCUGAGUUCUCUUCUCCAGGUUAAACAUCCCCAGGGUUCCUGCCACUGAAUCUCUUGACAUGAACUCAAAGCCCGUUACUGUCCUGGCUGCCCUCUUCUGGUCACAAUAGAGCUCAUCAACCCCCUUCCUAACCUGAAAAGCAACCAAUAACAUUUAAUGAACACCUGCUUUGUGCCAGGCACUAUGCUAAGUGCUAAGGAUGCAAAAAGAGCCAAAAGACAGCCCCUGCCCUUGAGGAGCCUAUGGUCCAGUAGGGGAGGGGGGAGGGGAUGGUAUGCUAAUGAGCCUGUACAAAAGAAGCUAUUAGGCACUGGAUAACAAGGAAAUAAUUCACCGGGAAUAAGACCAGGAAUCCAGCUGUGGCCUGAGUAGAGCCCAAGAAGGGCCUCCAAGACGCCAGCCAUAAUUAUGAUUGUGGUGGUUAAGAAAGCAUCUGCCUUCUUGGCCUCACCAAAGGUAUUUAAGUAUGUGCAUCUUCCAUAUGUUCCAUAGGAAUGCUGUGUAAAUAAUACGUAUUACUUUUCGGUGUGCCACA